AUGGUGUUUCUCCGACUUUCAGUCAAAGUGUUCCCGCGGGAGCAGCUGAGCUCAAGCUCCAGCUCCAGCUGGGGCAGGACCCUCCUCGGCGCACGAAAGUCUACCAACGAUGACUCCAGCCAGGGAUCUGGUGUCUCAACAACAUUGAAGAAGCCCGGUGUCUUCUUGCUUGUCCUUGAACACCCCGAAGAGGUUUCCCUUGGUGGUCUCGCGGGGAUGAUCCAAGAACAUUGGGGGAAGCUUCACCCAGAGCUGGAACCGCUUUCGAUCAAGAAAAUCCUCGACGAUACGAAGGAGGAUAUCGAUCUCUACCCCGAUUUGACUGUUGCCGAUGUCUGGGUUGACUAUGGAAAAGCUCGCGCCGAUGGCCUUGACCAGCGUGGCUCUGUUCGCGUUCUUCAGAAGCCUACCGCGGCUGCCCCGGAGCGAUUCCCCUCUGUCGAUCAGGAUUGGGAUGCUGCUAUUGUUUCUUACGAGCGCAAGCGAGCCAUGAAGGAUAAAAAGGAAGCUAUGGAGGCCCAAUUCCCUGCGAUUCAGGAAGAAGAUGAGGAGGGUAGCGCCGAAUCGCGGCGUACUCACUCUCGAUCUUUGUCUCAAUCUCACAUCGAAUGGGAUCAUUCGCCUGAAUCGCCUCAACAUACCACUAAUGAGCCUCAUGUCUCAACUAAGAAGUCACCAGUUGAACACCGCCAUCGUGAUUUGCCUGUUUCUUCCGUUGAAACCCGCAGUCCUGUCACCACUCCCCCACCAGCGAAAUCCAUCGGUCCUACAAUUGCCGGCACGCCGCCUCCCAGGCGCGAGAGCGAGGAGCUUGGCGAGUCUCCGUCACCAGCCGCGCGACGAACUUCCAGCGCCGGAUCCCAACAUUCACCUCCAUCUGUAGUUUCCAGGUCCCUGGAACCGCAGUCUAAGCCACAAAAGCUUGUAAAGUUGCCAAUUGCGAGUAGCACAGCUAAACGGACAAUUACGCAAAUGCCUGACGACGCGGAAUCCCCACCUAUGUCGUCUGCACCCAACCAUAUCAUUCCCCACCAACAGACGCAGUCUACCGAGGAGGCUACCGCGAGCUCAAGUGACAGGGAAUCAGAGUCUGCUCCGCAGCAUAUCGUGGAACUACCACCAAAGCCGGGCAUGACCAAUGGUGUCAACGGACAAGGACAUUUGGCUGAAGUGGCUAAGAUUGUAUCCCAAUCCGCGCAGAAAAAGCAAGCGGAAACGGUGGCUGAGAUCUCCAGUGGGGAGUCGAGUGAAGAGGAAAGCGAUAGCGAGGACGAUAAGCUCGAAGCAGAGAAGAAGACCGCCGAGCAGGGCCAAAGAGAAACAGAAGAUCAGACUGGUUCUGACGACUCUGACUCUGAAUCCGAAUCCGAAUCCGAAUCUGAAUCUGAAUCCGAAUCCGAAUCCGACUCUGACGCCAACGAAGAGAAUGGACCCAAGGAUGAGCCCAACACGCCUCGGAUUGAUCUCUCAAUUCCUAUCAUUAAGGAUGGGGGUGUGAUUGAUGCAGAGGGCGAUGUACAGAUGGAAGAUCCCAUUGUAACUAGGAGCUCCCAGUCCUCAGAUCAGUCGGAUCUCUCGAUGUCGAAACCCAACGGUACAACCCAUGAGACUGGAUCUCGCAAGCGCAAGCAGGCCUCUGAAGAGCCCAGAUCGGUCAAAGAAGCUCGCCAACGACAGGCCCACCCCUCCACCCGACCCCCAUCUACCCCUCCUCGCUCUGUGCCUGCGGUCGUUGUGCCCUCUCAACAGGCUCGGCAGUCCGAGUCAAAGUCGCCAGCUGCCCAGAUGAGCCCAGUGCGCACACGGAUCCGUGCGCCUUCAUUCUCAAGCCCGGCUCGACAAGCCAGUGUCCGAGAGGAGAACAAAACGCCUCCCAAAACUUUUCAGUCGGGAAUUGGGUUGGGUAUUACACAGAGCCCUUCCAGCCAUCAACCCGUUUUCGUGGAUCUUUCGCAAGAAUCCAACGUAACAUCCACCCAGAGUUCUUUUGGCGGGCCGCCCUUCCCAAGUAGCAACGUGACUGCUACCGAUGUGCCUGCUUUUACUCCUGUCAACAAGCAUACUCCUGCGAUUGACAGAACAAAGAACCUCCACUCCGUUCUCCGUAGCAGGGAUUCCCCGGCAACGGAGAGGCGAUCCGUGUCUUUCGCCGAGGGGGAGAACCUUGCUUCUAGCUUCGAUCCUGCUCCACGCUCCACUCCGCGCAACACUGCGCUCAGUUCCAAAUCUGCCUCUACCACCAACACCAAAGGGACGCCUUCGAGCGUAACCCCAAGAAAUGCCAAGUCUACACCCAAGGCCGCUCAGCAGACGCCUACCUCCGCUGUCAAGUCUACCCUAAGAACACCUUCGACCUCCACGUCUAGCAAAGCUACACCCAAGGCCAGUGUCAAUAAACAAAUGCCCAACUCUACUUCUAAAAAUACUCAGGCAACGCCAUCCAGCGCAGACGUGGUCUACCCACCCGGCUUUGAUGUCGCCCUGUUGACUCGGCAAAUUGAGGAGGAAAAGAGGAUCAAGGCACAGUCUAAGGCGGACGAGAAACUGCGAAGGGAGAAGGAAACAGCGGAGAGGAAAGAAAUUGAGCGCAAGCUUCCAGAAAGCUUUGACCCCCAGCUUACGAUCAUUUUAACUGAGAUGCACAAGAUCUUGCAGAAAUUGGCCAACACCAAGAUGGAAUUGGCCAAGCGAAGCCCGCUCCGCGUCAAGCUUGAAGCCUUGCGCGAGGACCUGAAAGCGUGUGAACAGAGGUUGGAGGCGAAAAAGUCCACCCCUCGGCAAGCUGUCGUCACUAAACCAAAACCAACCCUCAAGGACAUGCUGAGCAGCCAAAAGGAGGAACUGGCUGCUAAGCUGCGACCAGAACCCAAGUCUGCUCCAGCUCCCCGCAGUGAUGUGUACGAAGUGCCCAGCUCCGGCGAGUCUGAGUCCGACUCUGACUCCAGUGACGAGGAUAGCGACAGCGACUCGGGCGAUAUCAUGCCCGAUGGCCACUCAGUCAAACUCCGCAAGCCCCGGUCUCAGCUGUCCAAUUAA